CCGUGUUCCUGCAUCUGAACCACAUUACCAUCCCCUCCCCUCCCCAGAGAGAACAAAAAAAAGACCCGGCCAGAUCCCAAUCCGAAGGAAGGAACAGGUGAGACAUUCCGUCUUACUAAUCUUUCUUGUCCACCGUAAGAGAGGGGAAAAGGAACGGACGGAAGGGAGGGACUGGAGAGAGGAAUGAGAACACAACAAAAGAAUCGCUGCAACCCGGCCGAGACGGUGUACCCUAGACUACGGGAGCGCAGCACGGUGGUGCCGGUGGUCUCUUCCCAAUCUCACAUUUCACUUUACCACCUUGCAUUGCUUUCGUCGUGGGAGAGACAGUCGGAAAUUAUUCCAUCCGCCACAAACCCCCACUCAUUGGGUCGGGUAAUUUUUAUUGUUGGAUUGUUCACGAAGGGGAAGGGAAGGGGACAACCAAAAAAAAAAAAAAAAAAAAUAUGCCAAACCAAAUUAGCAUUCAGGAACGACACGCGGGAAAGUCUCCCAGGACCAUGGUACGGAGCUUUUUAUUUGAUCAAUCGGUUGUUAAGGUACUAUCCGAGCAUUUUUCUUUCGCGAAGCCCCCGGCCGGGCUCUUCCUUUCUGUCCGCGCGCGCGAUCAAAUCUGAUUCAUCCCCCAGGCUCAUGCAUGUAAUCCAUCACUUUGAGAAAUACUCCGCACGUACCCAUUGAAAAGGAACUUACAUGAGCGAUGAAUAGAUUUCAAUUUGCGAGAACCAUGAACGAUGUUACAGUACACUUUGGUAGUUACUUGCCUCUCGGCCGCUAGUAGAAUUCCAUCUCGAUUCAUGUACUGUAC